UGCAAAGUUUUCAAUUGACGUGAUGCUGUCAUGUAUACUGUAAUAAAAGUGUCAUGAUAUUUUUAUUCUUUUGAGUAUUUUUUUUUCUAUUAUGAACGUUUUUUAAAAAAUAUUUGAUUUAAAAUGCGAGAAAAAACAUGUUGUCCGAUAAGGUAUGUGAUGAUGGUCAUGGUAUUUAUGACGACCUAUAUAAACUAUACAACCAGAUCUAAUCUGUCGAUUAGCCUUCCGGCCAUGGUAAUACCUGGGGGUCAUGACAAACAUUUCGUUCCAGAGUGCAAAAGAGAAGAGGCAGCAACCAAAAAACAUGAAGCUAAUAGCACCACUACUGCUAAACCUAUUGAGGAAGAUACCGGUGAAAAAUUUGACUGGGACGAAACGGUCCAAGGACAAUUAUUAGGUGGGUAUUUCUAUGGAUACCUGCUUGGUAGCCUUCCAGGUGGAAUGGUAGCCGAAAACUUAGGUCCAGUUUGGACAAUCUUUGGUGCCACAUUAAUUUCCGGCAUAUUAAAUAGCGUAUGCGUAUGGAUCGCCCCUGUACAUUGGGCCGGACUUAUGGUUGUGCGGUUCUUGAUUGGACUGGUUGGCGGCUUGGUAUAUCCAGCAUUACAAACACUAAUUGGCCGUUGGGCGGUACCGCAGGAGCGUACGGUUUUUGUGGCUUGUUUAAUGGGAAACACGCUUGGAACAUCAAUGACUUGGGUUAUAGGAGGGAUUGUGACCAGAGCUUAUAAAUGGCCUUGGGGUUUCCACAUAUUUUCGCUACAAAUCGUGAUUUUCUUGGUAGUAUUCUAUCUAUGCAGUGGGGAUCGACCAGAUGAGCAUCGAUUUAUUGGAGAGCAAGAAGUUAAUUUCAUUAAAGAGUGCCAGGCUGGUACUGUAAAGAAAACUAAGGGUAUACCUCCAUUUAAAGAAAUUUUCUUGUCAUUUCCAUUUUGGACCCUUUGUAUUCUCCACUGGGGCAACUUAUGGGGUUUGUACACCCAAUUGAUAUGCGUACCAAAGUUCAUGAAAGAGUAUAUUGGACAAGACAUUAAGAAAUCAGGAGUUUUCUCAUCUCUACCGUCAUUUGCACGAUUAAUUCUCGGAUUCGGAUUUGGCUUUUUGGGAGACUUUUUAAAGCGUAAGAAAUAUAAGAGAAUUAUCAUCCUUAAAGGAUUUCUUUUUGUUUCUCAUAUAAUCCCAGGAAUUCUUAUGGGUCUCCUAACCCUUGCCAAAUGUGACGCGACAGCGGCAAUUGUAAUGCUCACGUUUAGUAUGAGUCUGAAUGGCGCUGUAGUAGUAACCAAUCUAGCAAAUCCAACUGAUUUAUCACCAAAUUUCGCAGGAACGAUUUUUGGUAUUAUCAGUUUUAUUGGUGGUGUGACAGGAUUUAUUGUGCCAAGCUUAAUGGGAGCUCUUUUAAAUGCAUUUGGGAACAAUUCUAAAAGUUGGAGUUUGGUUUUCGGUGUCGGUGGAGCAGUUUAUACAGGUUGCGGUAUAUUUUUUUUAAUAUUUGGUACCGCCACCACUCAGCCAUGGAAUGACAAGGAAGAGAAGCCACCGGAAACGGAAACGACAUAGAAAUUAAUAUAUCUUUAAAUUCAUUGUGAACUGAUGUCUAAUAAAAACGAAAUUUAAUUAAAAUUAUAUAAUCCUGCA